CAAAGCACCUGUGAGCUCGCGAAAGUCGGUUCAGACUCCAGCCCGGCCCAGACCGGCCCGACCCGACCGCACCCGGCCCCGGCCCCGGCCCUCGCUCAGCGUCCCCGGCCGACCAUGGGCCCUUCGAGCCGCAGCCACUCCGCGCUGCUGCUGCUGCUGUUGCUGCUGCUGCAGGUCUCGUCUAGGUUCUGCCAGGAGCCGGAGCCCUGCCACCCCGGCUUUGACUCCGAGAGCUACACAUUCACGGUGCCUCGGCGGCACCUGGAGAGAGGCCGCGUCCUGGGCAAAGUGAGUUUUGAAGAUUGCACCGGUCGACCAAGGACAGCCUACUUUUCUGUUGACACCCGAUUCAAAGUGGGCACAGAUGGUGUGAUUACAGUCAAAAGGCCUGUACAACUUCAUAACCCACAGAUCCAUUUUCUGGUCUACGCCUGGGACUCCACCUACAGAAAGUUUUCCACCAAAGUCACGCUGCAGGCAGUGGGGCACCCCCACCACCCCUAUCAUGACUCUGUUCCUGGAUCCCACGUGGAAGUGCUCACAUUUCCCAACUCCUCUCAUGGCCUCAGAAGACAGAAGAGAGACUGGGUUAUCCCUCCCAUCAGCUGCCCAGAAAAUGAAAAAGGCCCAUUUCCUAAAAACCUGGUUCAGAUCAAAUCCAACAAAGAUAAAGAAGCCAGGGUUUUCUACAGCAUCACUGGCCAAGGAGCUGACACACCCCCUGUUGGUGUCUUUAUUAUUGAAAGAGAAACAGGAUGGCUGAAGGUGACAGAGCCUUUGGAUAGAGAACAAAUUGCCAAAUACACUCUCUUCUCUCAUGCUGUGUCAUCCAAUGGGAAUGCUAUUGAGGACCCAAUGGAGAUUGUGAUAACCGUGACAGAUCAGAAUGACAACAGGCCCGAGUUCACCCAGGAGGUCUUUCACGGGUCUGUCAUGGAAGGUGCUCUUCCAGGAACCUCUGUGAUGGAGGUCUCAGCCACAGAUGCAGACGAUGAUGUGAACACCUACAAUGCUGCCAUCGCUUACACCAUCCUCAGCCAAGCGCCUGAGCUGCCUUACGAAAAGAUGUUCACAAUUAAUAAGAACACAGGAGUCAUCAGUGUAGUCACCACUGGGCUGGACCGAGAGACUUUCCCUACAUAUACCCUGGUGGUUCAGGCUGCUGACCUUCAAGGAGAUGGGUUAAGCACAACAGCAACAGCUGUGAUCACAGUCACUGAUGCCAACGAUAACCCUCCGAUCUUCAAUCCCACCACGUACCAGGGUCAGGUGCCUGAGAAUGAGGCUAACUUCAAAAUUGCCACACUGAAAGUGACUGACGCUGACGCCCCCAACACCCCAGCGUGGGAGGCUGUAUACACCAUAUUGAAUGAUAAUGAGGGGCAAUUUGUCGUCACCACAAAUCCAGCGACCAACGAUGGCAUUUUGAAAACAGCAAAGGUUUUGAGGCCAAGCCUACAGGGCUUGUGCCUAUUCAGGUAUCGGAUUUGGAGAGACACUGCCAAUUGGCUGGAGAUUAAUCCGGACACUGGUGCCAUUUCCACUCGGGCUGAGCUGGACAGGGAGGACAUUGAGCAUGUGAAGAACAGCACAUACACAGCCCUCAUCAUAGCUACAGACAACGGUUCUCCAGUUGCUACUGGAACGGGGACGCUUCUGCUGAUCCUGUCUGAUGUGAAUGACAAUGCCCCCAUACCAGAACCUCGAAAUUUAUACUUCUGUGAGAGGAAUCCAGAGCCUCAAGUCAUCAACAUCCUUGAUGCAGACCUUCCUCCCAAUACAUCUCCCUUCACGGCAGAACUAACACAUGGGGCAAGUGCCAACUGGACCAUUGAGUACAAUGACCCAACCCAAGAAUCUCUCAUUUUGAAGCCAAAGAUAUACUUAGAGGUGGGUGAGUACAAAAUCAAUCUCAAGCUCAUGGAUAACCAGAAUAAAGACCAAGUGACCACCUUAGAGGUUCACGUGUGUGACUGUGAAGGGACCGCCAGCGUCUGUCGAAAGGCACAGUAUGUCGAAGCAGGAUUGCAAGUUCCUGCCAUCCUGGGGAUUCUUGGAGGAAUUCUUGCUUUGCUAAUCCUGAUUCUACUGCUCUUGCUGUUUCUUCGGAGGAGAACUGUGGUCAAAGAGCCCUUACUGCCCCCAGAGGAUGACACCCGGGACAAUGUUUAUUACUAUGAUGAAGAAGGAGGCGGAGAAGAGGAUCAGGACUUUGACUUGAGCCAGUUGCACAGGGGCCUGGACGCUCGGCCUGAAGUGACUCGUAAUGAUGUCGCACCAACCCUCAUGAGUGUUCCCCGGUAUCUUCCCCGCCCUGCCAAUCCUGAUGAAAUUGGAAAUUUUAUUGAUGAAAAUCUGAAGGCGGCUGAUAGUGACCCCACGGCCCCACCUUAUGAUUCUCUGCUCGUGUUUGACUAUGAAGGAAGUGGUUCCGAAGCUGCUAGUCUGAGCUCCCUGAACUCCUCGGAGUCAGACAAAGACCAGGACUAUGACUACUUGAACGAAUGGGGCAAUCGCUUCAAGAAGCUGGCAGACAUGUACGGAGGCGGCGAGGAUGACUAGGGGACUCGAGAGAGACGGGGCCUAGACCCGUGCGCUGGGAAAUGCAGAAAUCAUGUUGCUGAUGGUUUUUCAGUGCCCUUCUCUUGAGAUGAGUUUCGGGGGGAAAAAAAGAGACUGGUCAGUGAUGCAGUUAGUAUAGUUAGAAUUUCCACUUCAUAGCUCUAAUCGGUGUGUGUUAGAAAAGUUUUGACUUACUCCUAGAAGCUUUUUUUUCCCCCAUCUCUCUUUACAUGGUGGUGAUGUCCAAAAGAUACCCAAAUUUUAAUAUUCCAGAAGAACAACUUUAGUGUCAGAAGGUUCACCUAGCACCUUGCAGAUUUUCUUAAGGGAUUUUGUCUCACUUUUAAAAAGAAGGGGAGAAGUCAGCUAUUCUAGUUCUGUGGUUUUGUGUAUAUAAUUCUUUUUUUUAAUUUGUGCGCUCCCCCUCAUUGCUA